AUGGAGCUGACCAAAGUGUGCCGGCUGUGCCUGUCCGCGGUCGAGUGGCCCGUCAACGUUUUCGACGAACUGUCCGACAAGAUAGCCCAAUGCCUGCAGAUCCAUAUAUCCCGGACCGACCAGCUGCCCAAACACGUGUGCGUCAAGUGCAAAGACACCGUCAACGAGUUCUACGCGUACUACACCAACGCGGUCGAGUGCCAGAAACAGCUCGAUCAGCUGGCGGACGUCCAGCACAACAUGGCUUCCAGUAGUUUUGAACCGGUGGUGACCAUUAAUUAUGACCAAAAUACAGAAUACAAAUCUGAAUACAACGAACCAGAGAGUUGGUCUGAAAGUAAUCAAUCGGAAAUUGAAACAAAAGACGCUGUGAAAAUAGAUCCCACUGAUGAAAUCGAUGACCAAACAUCAGAUAGGACUAAGACACCUCGUAAGGUUAAAAUAAAAUUUUUCAAAUGCAGAAAAUGUGAAGAAUCUUUUAAUACCAAACACGCAUUGAAAGAUCAUCAAAAUGAUGCACAUCCGCACUCUGCAUAUAAGUGUAAUUGUUGUGAUAAAACAUUUGACACAAUGUGUGCUCGACAAAAACACAAAAAAGAAGAACAUCCUAGUGUCACUUAUUCGUGCGACACGUGUGACUAUCGUACACCUUACAAGAGUCGAAUGCAAUAUCAUGAAAAUAGACAUAAAAAAGUGUACAGCGUGUUCUGUGAUACGUGCCAGGCAGGCUUUUUCAACAAAGACGAGUUGGCUACGCAUGAAAUUAAAAACCAUGGUGCCGAGCCAUACCAGUGUGAUCGUUGUAGUAAAUUAUGCACGUCCAAGACCAAUUUGUACAGCCACAUGAAAGUACAUACCACAUCGGCCGAAUCAGUUAGCUACCAAUGCGAAACCUGUGGAAAAGCUUUCAGGCGUAUAGGCAGUUACAGACGACACAUUCAGUCACAUUUAGGUCUGAAAUACGAAUGUUCUUAUUGUAACAAGCUACUGAGUUCAGCACACCAUCUAAAACUUCAUGUGCGCAUACAUACCGGUGAGAAAAAUCACGUGUGUGAAAUGUGCGGCAAAGCAUUCACAGUUAGCAAGUACCUAGUCGAACAUAAAAGAAUACAUACAGGUGAGCGGCCAUUCAAAUGUGACUUGUGCUCGAAAGGUUUUACUCAGAAGACGUCCCUGCGCAUACACACCAGAUGGCAUACAGGAGACCGCCCUUAUAAAUGUGACGUAUGCGAUGAUAGAUUUGUAAUCAACACAUUUUUGCAGAGGCACAUUAAGAAACACCAUCCUGAUCUUGUAGAACCUGUACAAGACCCGUGCGCCAACUCCCUUCAAACUUUAUGA